CAGUGGUGAGAGGUGUGAGGCAUUAACUUAGACAUACUGGACAAGAUUUCUGUCAUCCUGCAUGAUGAAAGCUGUAGAAAAGCAAUUGUGAAUCUUAACGGAACUGUCUUUCUGUUAUCAAAACGAAAUAACAAGGAAAUCAACCAAAUCAUAAUUAUUCUUAGAAGACCUCGGGAAGCACACAGACAUCUGUGAGUCCAUUCCUGUGCAAAAUGAUAAACUACUGGGUGAUUUUAUCCGUCUACAUCCUGACGUUUCUGAUCGGCCUUCCCACCAAUCUGCUGGCCAUUUGCACGUUCGCUAAGAAACUGGGUGACAAACCCAGUCCGAAUGACAUUCUGCUCUUUAACCUGACGGCUUCUGACUUGCUCUUCCUGCUCUUUCUGCCCUUUAAGAUGUACGAAGCUGCCAUUGGCAUGAAAUGGUACUUAUCCCAGAGCCUGUGCUCCAUUGCCUCCUAUUUCUUCUUCACCACCAUUUACACCAGCUCCCUGUUGCUCAUGGCUAUAGCCACUGACCGCUACUUAGGGCUUGCGUUUCCAAUCAAAUACAGACUGUUGCGUAAACCGCUCUACGCCGCAGUAGGAAGCGGCAUCAUCUGGCUGGUCAGCGCUGCCCAUUGCAGCAUCGUAUUCAUCAUAGUUCAUAUGCCAGAUCCCAACGCCACCGUUCCCAAAGUCGUCUGCUAUGAAAACUUCACAGAGAAGCAAAAGAAGAUCUUGCUACCGGUUCGACUUGAAUUUUUUGUGGUUAUGUACAUGCUACCGCUCUUAGUUAGUAUCUUCUGCUAUAUCAACUGCAUCUACAUCCUGUACAGCAGGCCUCAUAUAACCAAAGAGAAAAAGCAAAGGGCCAUCGGCAUGGCGUUGUGCACACUCACCAUCUUUUUGCUCUGUUUUUUACCCUAUAACUUGUCCCAUCUGGUGGGUUUCAGCAGCAACAACAGCCCGUUGUGGAGGUACUACACGCUCCUGCCCAGCACCCUCAACACCUGUCUGGAUCCGUUCGUGUUUUACUUCUCCUCUUCCACUUUCCGUAAAAGCAAAACUGUUUCUUUACUCAAGAGGUGGUGUUUUAGAUGCAAGAAGACUCGAAAGGGUAAAACUGAUUUUGAGGUUAUGACAUAAUGAAGUGUUUUUGCAUUUGAACAUCAGUUAUGUCAUGACUUCAUGCGAAUUGCAAGAUUUAAAUUGUCGUUUUUCAAAGUAGUACUAAGGUUUGGGGUUGUUAAGAAUUUUUUAUUUUUUUAAAAAAAGUCACUUUUGCUCGCCAAGGCUGCUUUUGUUUGAUCAAACAUAUUGUAAAAAGUGUUAAAUAUUAUUAGAAUUUAAAACAACUGUUUUUUGUUUGAAUAUGUUUUAAAAUGUGAUUUAUUUCUGUGACGCAAACCUGAAUUUUCAGCAUCAUUACUCCAGUCUUCGGUGUCACUUGAUCCUUCAGAAAUCAUUUUGAUUUGCUGAUUAAGAAAGGUUCAUUAAAAUAUGCUGAAUAUUCAACUGUUUCCUGUAGUGGCUUUGGAAUUUAUUUUUAUUAUUUCAUGGAAAAU